AGCGGGGCUCGCUGAGGGGCGAAGCGGGGUCCGGUCAGGUUCGGCUGCGUUCGGCCCCGUUCGGCUCCGCUCGGCUCCGCUCGGCCCCGCUCGGCCAUGGCGAGGCGGACGGCGGCCUCCGCCGGGCCCCUCAUGGACGAUUUCUCCUUCGUGAGCCCGGUGGUCAAGUACGUGCUCUUCUUCUUCAACCUGCUCUUCUGGAUGAUCUCCAUGGUGAUGGUGGCCGUGGGGGUCUACGCCCGGCUGCUGAAGCACGCAGAGGCAGCCAUGGCGUGCCUGGCGGUGGACCCUGCCAUCCUCCUCAUCAUGGUGGGCGUCCUCACCUUCCUCAUCACCUUCUGCGGCUGCGUCGGCUCCUUGCGGGAGAACAUCUGCCUGCUGCAGAUGUUCUCCGUCUGCCUGACCGUCAUCUUCCUCCUGCAGCUGGCGGCCGGCGUGCUGGGCUUUGUCUUCUCCGAUAAGGCACGUGGGAAGGUCAGCGAGAUCAUCAACGGGGCCAUCGUGCAUUACCGGGAUGACCUGGACCUGCAGAACCUCAUCGAUUUUGGGCAGAAGGAGUUCAGCUGCUGUGGGGGUGUCUCCUACAAGGACUGGUCCCAGAACGUUUAUUUCAACUGCACGGCCACCAACCCCAGCCGUGAGCGCUGCUCCGUGCCCUUCUCCUGCUGCCUGCACGACACCGAGCAGGCCGUCAUCAACACCAUGUGUGGCCACGGGAUGCAGGCCAGGGGCUACCUGGAGGCCAGUGCCUUCAUCCACACCAACGGCUGCAUCGACAAACUGGUCAACUGGACCCACAGCAACCUCUUCCUGCUGGGGGGCAUCACCCUGGGGCUGGCCCUGCCCCAGCUGGUGGGCAUCGUGCUGGCGCAGCUCCUCAUCAACCAGAUCCGUGACCAGAUCAAGCUGCAGCUCUACAACCAGCAGCACCGGGCAGACCCCUGGUACUGAGCCCCGGCCUCUCCGGGGGCAUUCCCGACCCCGGAUCCGCGGGAAGAGCCCGGGGGGCUCGGCUGGAGAGGAGGGAUGGCGGAUCCGCGCUGGCUGCGGAGAGGGAGGCUCCGUGCCUUUGGCAGCCGGCGCUGGGCUCGGCCUGGAGGUGCCGCGCUGAGGCAGCGCCGGGGAAUCGCUGUCUGUCCGUCCGUCCGUGCGUCCUGCUGCCGCACAAAGCUUCGCACUGGGAUGUGCUUCCCCUCCCCGCCUGUGCUGGAGAAGGACAUUUGUCUGUCUGUCUGUCCAUCCGUGCGUUCUGCUGCUGCACAAAGCUUCGCACUGGGAUGUGCUUCCCCUCCCCGCCUGUGCUGGAGAAGGACGUUUGUCGGUCUGUCUGUCUGUCUGUGCACUGAGCUGCCUUGGCCCAGGCUGGGCUGUGGGACUGGGGACAAUCCCCGUGGCUGGGUGUUUGGGGACAAUCCCCACAGCCAGGUGUUUGGGGACAAUCCCCAUGGCUGGGUGUCUGGGGACAAUCCCCAUAGCUGGGUGUUU